ACUAGCUUUUACAUCACGUGAUAGGUUUCCUAGCCUGGGAUCUCUGUGGUAAAAAUGGCAGACAGUGAAGAGGAAUUUGAUGAUUUAACAGUACAUCAAGCUUCACCUGACCAAGGACUGGGUCUGCAGGAGGAAGAAGAGGAGGGACGGGAAUAUGGGACAGUUCAAAGGAACCAUUUUGUUUCUUCUCUCUCUUUCUUCAUUGAAAUCAUAGUGACACUUAUACUUUACAUUUAUGUUCUUGUUUCAUUUCUGAGACACCUCGUACUGCCAGCCUCCUUCACUCCAUUAGUGGUUCAUCAGUAUCGCAGUGAUAACAAUGUCACUGAUGUGAAUGCUUUGAUGAAGGACAUUGGUUUUAAUGGACUCCUAAUGUUCAUAUUUGUUCUCCAGCAUUCUUUUAUGCAUUGGCUAAACAUUGAUGCUGUUCUCCACAAAUUGAACAUGGGCCCUUUCUCUCGUGCCCUCUACACCAUUACUACCUGCAUCGUACUAGAAUUUAUUCACUGGCUAUGGAGACCCAUCCCAUACCAGCUGUGGCACUGUCCCGAUGACUCUACCCUCUUUCUUAGCAUCGUGGGAACCAUCCACACCAUAAGCUGGUGCUCUAUGGCAUUGUCACUCUUCACUGUAGACUAUCUUGAACUACUAGGAAUUAAACAACUAUAUUGUCAUUAUAAAGGUCUUGAAUCUCCCUUAUCGUCGAAAUCAGAGGAUCACAAGGGGCUGUAUAGUCACAUGCGUCACCCUGUCCUCCUUUGUCCCAUUAUUGUCCUCUGGGCCGUACCCACCAUGACAUACGACCGUCUACUGGUCGCCGUAAUGAUUCCAUUGUACUUGAUAUGGGGCAGCAAGUUAAAUGAAAAUGAUGUCUUUUAUGUUAGGGAGAUGUUCAAGGAAAAGAAAAUGUCACUAAAAUAUAACUGAUGACUAUAAAAUAUUCCUUUAUUAUAAUUAUUAUCAUAAUUUUAUGUAGAGUAGUGUUCCUUUUUUCAAUUGUUCUUUAUUUCUUUCUUCCUUCCUUAUAAUUGCUCUUUUAGUUUUGAUUCAUUCCUUUUCUCUCUCUUUAUCUUUUGUACACACAAAUUCCAUCAUUCACUCACUAAUAAUUUAA